GCAUGCGGCGAGGUUCUCUCCCCUGCAUCAGGUGGUCGCCAUGCAGUGCAAUAAACAUAUUCAUAGUUGGAGUAAAGGGUUAGACUUGCACGGUGGUGAAUAUAGCCGGGUUGGACAGAGAUAAAGGGUGAGAGACGGGAAUAGAAAAACUUGUCGCAUUCCGUGGGCAAAGUGCACAGGCCGAGGAGAGCCGUGUUUGCGUGUGGGAAAAAAGGUAUCAUAAAAAAUGCAAGGUUACCCACAUUUUUUUUUAUACGACCAAACUGCUUUGCGAGAGCGCCUGAUAGGAGAGGGAGUGCGGAAAGGGAGAAGAAAGACAGAGGCGAGAGUGGCGGAUACGGGGGCAGAGUACGAGAAAAAGUCUAGUUAUCGCUGGAUAAUACUCUCGCACUUUUUACGCAAGCAUCUCUACAAAGGGCUCGUGCCUCAGAUUCAUAAAAAGUCAAGCAAACUGUCGAGAGUUACGUUUAUCACUCGGUGGAAUUAGGUGAUUCUUCAAGUCGUUCGAAGGGAUUUUUUGAAGACGAAACGUGGACUGGUUCGCGUUCCUAACAUGUUAAAGUACUAACAGGAUUACAUUUAUUUCUCUCUUCGCCUGAUAAUUUUUUUAUACACAAAAAUAUUCUCUCAAAGCAAAAUAAUGAAAGCGAUUAAAAUUUUCCGUAGGGCUUCCCUAUAAUAAAUUGAUGGAAAUUAAUUAAUUUUUAAUAGUGCAAUUAAUUUCUAACUUAAUUAUUUUCUUACAAAAAAUUUUUUGUAUUUAUUUUACAAAGCAUGUUAGAUGUUUGUGAGAUACACGCAAAAUAUGUUGCUUUAAAAAAAUCGACACGUGUCUAAUUCGAAAGAUCCGUAUCGGGAAUCUCGAAAGAAUCUCGCUGUAUAAAGUUGGUGAAUAAGGACGAGACGCCGGCCGGUACGCGGGCGUGCAGACGAGCAAGGAUUCUCGUGCCAUGCGCACGUCUGUCCGUCGUGUUCUCUCUCUGAAGACGCGUUGCCGUAGAAGGGAGGAAGGACGUAGCGGAGCGGCGUCGUAAUUGAAAGAGGACAUACAAGCUCGAAGAGGAUGAAGCUAACAGAAAGAGAGAGAGAGAGAGAGAGAGAGAGAGAGAGAACGCGCAGCAUCUCCUGCAGGAUUCGUCGCUUGCCGAGAGUGAGCGAGGAAAACGAGUAAAGCCAGAGGAAGAGAACGACCAAACACUCGUUGGAAGGAACGAAGAGGGAGGACGAAAGCCAGGAGGGGUAAGGAGCUCUCAAAUUUGGUUGGCUGUCGCUUUCCACCGUUUUGUCGUGCGUGCCUAUCCCUCUUCAGGCGAGAAUCGGAGAAGAUCGACUGUAGUCGAAGGUAGUGGGGUUGGUAGAAGGACAGGAGUAAGCAAGCGAAAGAGAAAAAAGAAGAGAGACAGACUCAUGUUUCGGCCAAGUUUUGGACGAGACGGGAGGGAGAAGUUUAAGUGAGAGAAAGAGAGAGAGAGAGAGAGAGAGAGAGAGAGAGAGCAAAGGAAAGAGCGAGAUAAAAACAUAACGGAGAGCAAGUGAGAAGGGCGAGAGUUCUUCCAACGAAAGGAGCGUGAUGGAACGAUGGAGCCUUCACGAGAGAAAGAGAAAGUUUUAACGUUGGACGGAGAGAAGCACGAUUCGCCGGUGUUAGACAAGAAGGGAGAAAGACGUUCGGAGAGAACGACAAAGUGAGUGGGAGAGAGAUGGUUAUAGAGAACUGAGGGAAACCGCGUUCAAGUCUGAGAGAGAAAGGCAGAAUUCGAAGAGUCGGCAAGUGACGACGAAGAGGGGGUGGCGAGUAUUGGCGAAGGAAGCAGUGUGGGGCGGAACACAGCGAGGGAGGGGUGAGGGGAGGAGAAUGGUGCCUUGGCGCGAGCCCGAGGUCUCGAAACUACGGAAUUCCAGCCGGCAGAGUAGUGCCGGCGUUCGUACGACACGGUUCUACGGUAGUAGUGAGCAAGUGUAAAAUCCGAGGAGAGUGAGAAAAAGGGAAGAAGAGAGAGAGAGAAAGAAAGAGAGACAGAGAAAGAGAGGGAGAAUGAGAGCGGGGGGGCUGAAUGGAGGGGUGACGCAAGGCUGAGGUGCUUGCAUCUCAUUGUGUUCGCGGCUUCAGUUCUAUCGUUCUCGCAGUACUGGAAUAUGUGACGUCAGGUGAUCGCUUUUAAGACGCCUGCAAUCAAUUGUGAACAGAGAGAGAGAGAGAGAGACUCUGAGUGAGCUACUACACACGAGGAAUAGACAUCGCAAAUCGCAGUGAGUCUCUCUUAACAAUCUUCAAGAUAAAGAUCGUCGGGACGUUUCAAGACACGUUUCCCUCCAGAAUUUUUCUGUCGUGUCGCCGAACGAGGAUAACCUUGCUUCGAAACGAAAAAUGCAGAUACGAGAGCCGCUCAACAUGUAAAUCAUGAGCGGUACGCGUGUUCGCGUUUGUUUUGUUUUGUUCGUCCCGGCGCCGAGUUAACCGGCGUUGUUCGAGUCUCGUUAUUGGAAGUCGCGUCCCCGGCACCACGGUGGGAACUAGCAAGUGGUACCGUCUCGCUGUCGUCGUCACCGUCGUCGACACGUCGUCCAACCGAGGCCGACGAUGCUGCACGCGGUGAUCGCGACUUCUCGCGUGACAUUAAGUUGGACAUUCACGUUUGGAGCAAGUGCGAUCAUAUGAUAAAUGUAGAACACGCUGUAUCCCCGGUUUCUUUUUGUUUUCUCCCUUCUUCUCGUUAUUUGUUUGAUCCUCUUCCCUACCUCUAUCCUCAUUCACCAGCCCUGCCAGCUAUCACAAGGUGUAUUAUUUCGUCCCUGCUGAGACUGAAUCCACACAAGUGACUUAUCUUACGGUGCCGUUUCGCGCUAUUAUCGUCGUCGUCGUGCCCAUAUGAUAUCUCGUGUGGUUCUAUCGCGUCACGAGACGCAAUUUAGGAGGUGGCGAAGUGAAACAAUCGAAAACAGAAAAAAAGGAAAGAGUGGAUUACCUCGUUUGCGCGCGCGCGCGUGCGGGCGCGUGGCAAGUACUCAUGUAUAUUUCGACCGGUUUCGUUCUGUUAGUGUUGUGUACAAGCUACUGUUUGAGCGUGUAUAUCACGCCUGCAAGUAAACAACGAUUGAAGCGCGUGACUUGACGGCGGCGCCGAAACGGAGGGGAAAGGACAAUAUGAGUGAGAUGACGAGUGCCGUCGAGACGCAACAGCAACAGCAACAGUACGUAGGCGGUAGCUCUAAUGCGGAGCACCACUGCAAGCCUUGCGGUGUCAAUUUCGACAGCGAGAAGAGCUUGGAGGUGCAUAUGCACUACCAGCAUAAUAAAAAUUCGUUAAAUCAAUGGCCCAAUAAGGCACAGCAGGAAGAAAGUAAUAAUAACCAUAGCAAGACUGGUAACCACAAUAAUCACGUGAGCGCCAGCCGCGACAGCGUGCCGGCGGAUUCGAGCGAGCCGUCAUCGAUGUCGCCCUCUCAGGAUCUAACAUCCUCGCAACAACAAACACAACAGCAGCAGCAACAACAAUCGCAACAACAAUCUCAACAGCCUGCCAUACAGACAAUUGUCUGUCAGCCGUACGAUCAUUUUCGAGCUCCAAUGUUUAGCGAGAGCGGCUACUUUAUGCAGAACGAUCAAACUUACAUCAUGUCUCAUCAUUUUUCGCCAUCACAGGAAGACGGCCAGAGCAACGGCGGUCGCGACAGUGGUUACAUGCGCUAUCCAUAUCAACCGUAUCAACAUCAGCAAUUGUUUCCCUCGGAAACAAUUCACGCGACUUCUAAUUCCACCAGCCCACAAAGCCCGCCUUUUCAUUGCGACAAAUGUGGUGCCGCUUUUGAGGAUGCGAAUCAAUUAGGUGAGCACACGAGAACGAAUCAUUUAGACUCACCUACCACGUAUCCAUCCGUACCUCAGUAUCAACAGCUGGGUAACAGUCCUCAACAACAAGGCCAGCAAUUACACUCAUCGCCGCCUCUCUCAAAUCAACCGCAACAAACCAGCUACGAUUACAAUGGACAGACGGUCAAGUCGGAGAUAAAGCAAGAACAACCGGAGGAACAAACUGAAAUUCUUGACUUAGAUUCUCAUAAGGUGCAAACGCAUAGAUACGAAGAGGAAAUGAUUAGGUUACAGCAGCAACAACAGCAGCAGCAGCAACAACAGCAAGGACUUCAGAUGCAGAUGCAUCAUCAACAAGUGAUGCAGCAGCAGCAGUCGCAAAGAGUAGAAUCGCUUCCGGUGAGUUCCAUGUUGGGUUGGCCAACUAUUCAAACUCACGAUUAUCAUACAGGACAUCCACCAAUGGGUCCCAUAAACAAUAUUCCACCUAUCGCUGAUCAGGAUCAAUAUAUACGCAGUCAACAUAUGCCCGUGGAGCACGGGCAUCAGAAUUCGCCAAUAAUCUCGAGCACACAACCGAUGUCGGGCCAUCAGAUGUCGGCUGGAUUCGUGCAACAAACGCCAAAAGCGCCACCGUUGGGAAAUCAAAACUGGAAAAGCAACGAGGCGCGCCGUCCAAAGACAUACAAUUGCACUGCGUGCAACAAGUGGUUUACAAGUUCAGGACAUUUGAAGAGGCAUUAUAAUACUACGCUACAUAAAAACGCUGUCAAGAAUGGAAAAGAGCCCGAUCCGGCAACUCUACCAAUCAACGCUCAUCAUCAUCCCCCUAGAGAGAAUAGCACUGGUCAUUCGACGAGUGGCAGAGGCGGCGGCGCUCCCGCGCGGUCUCCACCAGAAUUAUCAUCUUCGCGGAGUCCCCCAAACUUGAUGGCAGGUCCCUCGGGCGAGGCGACGAGGGGCCUGCUUCACACGCCCACCACGCUCUGCAACAACAAUUCCAACAGCAGCAACAGCAGCAGCGAAUCUUUAACAGCGGCCCUGGUACAGCAGCAGCAGCAGCAGCAGCAGCAACUGGUCCAUGCGGGAAUAAUCAAUUCCCCGGUGUCAUCGCCGCUGGCGGGACACCAUCAGCAACAAAUGGGUACAGCGCCUCACCAACUGGGUCUUCAGCAACAGCAGCAACAGCAGCCUCACCUGUCAACGGGUUCGUCGGGCCAGCCGGUGCAUCAUUCCACGAUUUCGCCCACCAUGCCCCCACCGGUGGCAUCGCACACCCUGAAUUGCCCUUCGCCAAUGGGUUCAUCAUCCCACCCGGUUCAUCACAUGAACUCGCCGCCCGGCUCGGGCCAUCAGGCAAUGACUUCGCCCACAGCGAUGGGGGGUACUACGAUGCCUCAUCAACCGUACCCAAACGCCUUGCCCCCCCACGUUACAAUUACUACCAGCACCCCGGCGGUCCCACUGGAAUCUACCCAAACGGCUAUCCUACACCUUACUAUUGGUAACGAGCAAAACGAGCGGCCACGACAUAUGUUGCCCAGUUUUAGAACUAUUUUAAAUUUUACGGAAUUCGAAUACGCGGUAGAUCAAAACCAGACAGAGACCGUUAACGUGGGGGGGCUAAAUGUGGAGGAGGAGAUCACUCCUCAAGAGUCAUUUGAAUCUUCAGAAUCAAAUUAUGACAUAUUUUCACCUUCGCGUUAUGCUAAGCCAUUUAGCAAUGUAGACAUGACGACGUUGCAGACAAAUGACGUUGUAGACAAUGUAACGCAAGAUGAAAAUGCAACAGUUACAUUGUGCUAUACACUUGAGCACGUUAUCGAGAAAAACAACAAUCAUUUACCACAUUUAGGACAUGCGAAGGAAGAUUUAGAUCCAAAUAUCGGUUUGGACCUCAAGAAAAAUCGUAAGGUCAAAGGCAGUACAAAGAAGGAAUGUAAUAAGAUUAUCACUACUGCUAAUAUCAUCUCAGACGGUGACAUACAUAAGUGCGUUGAUUGCAAUAAGGUGUUCAACAAGGCCUGCUACUUGACGCAGCAUAUUAGAAGCUUUCAUUCGGGCGAGAGGCCGUUUAAAUGUAGCCAGUGCGGCAAACGGUUUCCAGACGAGGAGCAGCACAACAGGCACUCGACAAUGCAUUCGAUGGCGAGAAAGCACAAAUGCGAAAUGUGCCCAAAGAUAUUCGCUCACAAAACUGAUCUUAAGCGGCACCUUUGCAUCCACACUGGUAAACGGCCCUUUAAAUGUGAUAUUUGCGGCAAGGGAUUCAUCAGGCAAGAUCACAUGAAGAAGCAUCAAGAAACACACAAUAAGAAAAUGCGACUAGAAAAACAACGGCAAGCUGCUCGGGUCUUCUCUCAACGAGUCAACCCUAAUAAUCCCCAACGGAUCAAUAUCGUUACAUCAAUAACAAACGGAGCAGCACGGUUGCAACAAAAUAUUUCAAGAAUCAAGAAGUUACAGUUAGAUAAUUAAUAAAGAUUCAUGUCUUUGCUUGAUUGGGGACAGUCCGAUGCGCGGCCUCGAGAUCGUCCUAAUAACAAAACACGAGUUCAAUCGUUCCGUAUAUUGACGGCACUAAUUAAUCGAUGCCUGAUUAAUUACUGGCAAAAUGAACCAAUCACCGAGACUGCAAUCCGACCCCUUGGAGCGAAUUUUCCUUCGAGCCACGCGUCAUUCGACGCACGCAAGCAUACAAUUAUGGAUAAACAAAUCUCGUCGCUAUAACGAAAUAACGUCCAGGUAUGCAUAAUUGUUUCCUCCGGUCGUUGUCGAAUCGAACGGCCGAUUUCAGAUGCGUUAAUAAUUUUUUAUCACGUGAUUACUACACUAAUUAUUUAAAUAUUCAUGCAACUGUUGUCGUUUAAAAAGAAUUAUCUCUAACGUCGAAUGUGUUGAACUUACAAGUUUGUUUGAUUGUUCUUGAUUACAAAAAUAAGGAAAUAAUGAAAAUGUUUGUUCUAUAAUUGUUUCAUUACAAAUAAUCUGUUAAUAUAAGUAUACAUAUUUUAUAUCUUGUACAUUAAGUUUAUCAUGACGGUCCGUACUUCUAUUUCUAUCCGUAUUUUAAUCCGCGUUUGACUUUUUAAUAAAUAUAACAAAAUGAAAAUUUCGUAGUUUCCAUUGCUCAUACGAAACUGUUUUUAAAACAUUUUUAAUAAAUUUAUUUCUAUAUAAUAUUUAAUAUUAAUAUUAUGAUAUAACGUAAUUAAUUUAUUAAUAGUACAUUUAUUAAUUACCUCAAAGAUCGUAUAACCGUUACGAUGAAUAUACUAUGAAUAUACAAUGCCAGGAUAUUUCUAAUUCGAUAACGUCAUUCGUAGCAAUAUUAUUUAUUGAUGAUUUGUAAAGAAACCUCGCAAGUGAUAAAUACGAUCGGUUUAUCCUUCAUUUUUAAGAUACAGACACAUUUUACGUUAUAAAUAUAUUAAACCUACAUUAUUAAAUAAACUUCAUAAUAAAUGUCCAAAGCUGGCCUUCACCAUCAGCUAAAAUAAUGUCGUUUUAGAAGUAUCCUAUAUGAAACAACAUAAGAACGUGUGUAGGGAUAGAAUCAGACGCGAAGAACGUACAUCACGUACUUACGCGAACAAACGCGAUAUCCUUUCAAGCGCCGUGUUUGUUUAUCAUAUUAAAAAAGAGUAAUAUCAUCAUAAUAAUAUCGACGUAAUAUAACGGUAACACGGUAACACGGUAAUUGAUAAUAUAGCAUUCUUGCCAGUUUUACUAUAUAAUGUCACAUCCGGAACAAACUACCUCAGAGUUCAGGAAUUUAACGAUGAAUGAAUGGAGGAAAGAGACAAGAUGAAAGAGCCAAUGCAAUAAUAAUAAUAGUAAUAAUAAUAAUAAUAAUAAUAGUAAUAAUAUUGUAAAAGUAGCGAAGAGCGGCCGUGCGGGCGAAAUGAUGCAUUUUCAUAUUGCAUUUUUCAUAUCAAUGGAUAAAUGUUUAAACAUUUAUACUCGUAUAUGGAUAGAGGUCAUUCCUUUAUCGAAAUCUCAAGUUGAAAAAGAAAAGAAUGUAUAAAAUGUAUAAAUUUUUUUGUAUUAUUUUUGUAAAUAAUUUUUCUUUCUUGAAUCGCCCGCCGGUUCAAUCUACCCGUAAUAAGACGUUAUAAUUUAGACUUUAACAUUUGAAAAUGUAUGAAUAAUGAAAAAUGCGAGAGACAAAGAGAGAAAGAGAGAGAAAGGAUAAGAAAAAAAAAGAUCUAAUAGCAAAUUUGGUUGGAUGCGCCAUUGCGCACUAAUGUGAAUUAGUUAUAUAUAACUAUCUAUGUGUAGGAACAUUAAAAACACAUACACACAUAUACAAAUAUAUACAAGUUGGCGAAAAGACUUGUGCGCACGUUGGACUUAUGUUUUUUUUAACAUAAUUUAGUAUACUUAAUAUAACUUAGUAUACUAUUUGAUAGAAUAUAGUUGAUACUUUUGGCAAUUAGGGCAUCUAUAUUAUGUUUUUACACUUAAUAUGUUAGUGCGCAACCGAAUUCGCUAUGAGAGAUGCGAAGACUAAAGAAAUACUGACGUACGUUCUCUAGAAACAUAUCACAACAGUGUUACUGCACACUCAAUUUUAGUAAAAAAAAAAAAAGAUAAUCGUAAAGAAAGGCGUUCGGAAGAAAAUGUGUGCGCGUUCCGAUUGCGAUCGAAUAUAUGUAUCUAGCCAUAUCAAUGUUUUACAAAACUGUCAUGUGUGAGAGGAGGACAUGAUACGACGUUCACGAUUUCAUUCGUCUCCAUGUCGGAGGAUGAUGAAAGAAAGAUGCGAAAAAAGCGUGAGCAAGAACAUUUUAACGGCUGUAUUUUUAGUAUGGUUCUUCUAUGUGAAGAAUUUUGUGUAUAGUAGCGUUGUUCGAAAAGAGAACUGAAAACUUGUUUUCCAUAUUAUGGACUAUUACAUCUAUUACUAUUAUAUAAUUGUAUUAUUACUUAUUAUUAUUAUUAUUGGUAAAAAUUCUUGUAUCAUGACCUACAAUUCCGUAUACAUUUUAUAUUCAUUUUAAUGCCUAUUGUGAAAAGUGAUGAUCACCCAGCACGUGCUGUGUAUGUGCUAUGUAUAACACUACGCUUAUACAUGUGUGUAUACACUAGGGGAUUAUUUUCCAAAAUGUCUUUGACACACAUUAGGCUAAUAGGAUAAUAUCUCGAAUAAGGUAUCUCGAAUUUAUAAUAAUCCUUUUAGAAAAUGUUUUAGUUUAUUAAAAUGAUAGUAUUUGGUUCACACGUAAGAUUUCGUAUUUCUUAAAAAAUAAAAAUAAAAAAUAGAAAAGUUCCUUUUUCCGUAAGAGUCCCUUACUCUUUUAAAGAUAUUUUAUGUUCUAAAGAGUGAUCCCCUAAACAUUUUACACAGUGUAUGUCACAUAUGUAAAAAUCAACUUAGAAACAAUGUCUCGAGAUGUUUGAGAUCAUAAGAAAUUAACGAUUCUAUCAAUCAAGUAAUAAGUCAAUAUUACUUUGUAAAACUCGAAUACAUCACGCGCAAGUCAUAAUUUCUCUAGAUAGAUAAUUAUUUUUGAGGAAGAGACAAAACAUAGAUUAUAAAAACUGAGAAAUUUCUCUUUAGAGCUUUUCCUUUAUUUUCCUACUUUAAAUUUAAAAGGAAAAAAUUAAAAGAAUUUCUGCAUUCAGAGACAUUGCCUCUACACAUACUGUUAGAAUAAUGAUAAGACAUUUGUAAAUAAUAUAAACGCGGUUUGAAUGACAAAAUGGGCAAAAUAUCAAUAAUGUUGGGAUAUCCCUCGAAAAUGUGAUUCUGACUUCAUGGGCAUUUUCUCGAAGAAUAUAUUAGAGACAAUUUGCGCAACGUGCGAGCGAAAUGUAACUCAAUAGGGAUUUUCUCAUUUCAUAAAAGUGUAAUUUUCCACACACACACACACACACACACACACACACACACACACACACACACUUCUUGUUUAUAUCUCCCUUGUGCCAUAGCCAUGCGUGUUGGUAAAUUAUAAAGUUCCAUAGAGAAUGUAAAAGAGUGUACGGCGACUGCGACAUAAUGGAUGAUGAAUAGAUUUCGAUUAUACAAUAUAUGUAACGAAUGUAUGCUGACAUUUAUAACUUCUUUCCAAAUAUGAAAUAAUGACACCAUGCGUUUUCUCUCUGUUCCUCUUGACGGGCAUGCAAAAUCCCAAAAUCCACGAAAUUUAAAAAAUGGAACAAAACUGCUUGAAAUCAGUAAAUAUAAUAAUAUUAGAAAUCACGAGUUUGCAUAUCUCCGAACAUUAUGAGAAAAUUGUUAAUUAUUCCGCUACAUUAUAUAGUAUUUCUUUACGUUGAUUUCAAGAUUAUAAUUUUUUUUGUUCCGGUCGACGAUAAGCCAUUUUUUAAGCUUCGUAAUAACGAUUUUAGGAUUUUGCAUGCUUACAGUACCGUUUUGAAGAUAAUAUGCGUAACAUAAGAUGCAUAAGCUCUCAUGACGAAGAACUGCAAAGACUGAAUUAAAAGAAAAGUUAUUCCCGUUGAAAUUUACAAGAUUACAGAAAUGUAGCUCAGAUUACAAGGUCUGUAAACAUGAAACCGGAAUUUUCCCAUGGAUGGGUAACGCUAGCUGUCAAUGUAAUUACCGUCAAACCGCAUCAUUGGCGUCAUUUUCUUGUUUUGACAUGUGAUAAAGAUUUUCAACUCAAGGCAAUACUUCGAAUAAAAUAUUUUUUAUUAUUUUCAUACAAUAAACGUGUAUUUUCUAUAAUAAAAAUUCCGGUUUCAUAUUUAUAAUAUAUACCUGGUAUAAAAAUUGUGUAGUAGGGUUUUAAAAAGAUCUUUAAUCUUGUUUAUGCAUCUUAUGAUUUAACUGGUAUCAUGGGCUUUUCCCACAUUGCAACUAGUCAUUUUAAUAUUUUAAUAAUAGAACACGAAAGAGAUAUUUGUCCAUAUUUGUGUCUUCAAUGUAUAAGAUUUAAUGUUCAUUUAAUUCUUUUCUUCAAGUAAACAUGUAACAACGCGUCUGUAUCUAUCUGUACCGCGAUUUGUAUUAUAUAAUAAUGCUUUCAAGAAAGUAAGGAGAAAUGAAAGCGAAAACUAGAAAAUAAUAGUUAGUAAUGUAAUUUCUAUUUGUUUUUAUAAGUUUUAGUAUAAUAUGGGUUAGUUUUGUUUUUAUAAAUUUUUAUAAAUCUUUUAUAAACAGUUUAUAUUUCGCAAAAUAAAAUAAACUAUCACUUAAACAAUUAUUUUUUUCUUUUCGUUCCUUUCUUUUCCUUUGGUUUUUUCCUUAUGUUUUUUUUUUAUCGAACGCACUCAUUCUACGCUUUAUGAAUUAUAUAGUGUAUAUAAUGCAUGUAUUAUUUGAUGUAUGGAUAUAUCGUACUAUUAGCAAAAAUCCAAUUACACUUUACAUCUGUAAGACAAGUAAAUUCGCAUUAACACUGUUAUCUCAUAUUUAAGAUUAUAUGUAUAUACGUAAAAACGGAAAACACGCAAGAAACCUUGAAAGAUUUAUAAAUUACUUUCUCAAGUGCUCCGAGCAUAAUUUCUUUCUUCCAAUACGGAGUUACGUAUUGUGUUGGCGCAAUUUUAUAGUCUUGCCUUACGAUAUACCACAUUCAGCCAAGUUUGAGAUAUGGCGUAUGAUACAUGGGUACCGAACGGGUUAGCGCACGUUAUGUUUGUUUCGCGUAUUCGUGAUCGGACUUCAUUAAUUCCGAGCGAGCGAAACAGUUUCAGCGGUUUUAACGUUCCGAAAUCCGUGAAUUCCUUCCGUUUUAUAUACUGUUUGCACGGGCAUUUUUUUCUCGCGCUUUUAUUGGCCAAUUUAGUUAAUAUCAGAGUACAGACACGUGGGGAUGUACGCGCCCGCGAGAUUCCAUGAAAUAUCCCGAUCGUGGCGAAUCGCCCAUCCACCCGAUCUGUACCAUUACACCCACCAUCUCCCUUCUGUAAUCCUCUCCUUCUUUACCCUCCCUCCCUCUCACCCUUCUCCCACGCCAGGCUUCUCGUCGCGUACUCGUAACCUUGGGCAUUCUGUAAUUUAGCAAAUUGUUGCGGACUCGACGAAAGGAAUCGCUCGAUUCGCGAGUGCUUCGCCAAUAGCGAUGAUGGUAUCGCUCGCCGCGCUCGGACGACUCGAGCGCGAAAAAGGAUAAACAAAUAAAUAAUCGGAGAAUCGAGACAAGAUAAGGAUGUCCCGCGAACUUUUACGGAUGAAGGCAAAAUUCUGAUCUCGCACGCGACUCAAUCGUUUCGCACGAUGGUAAGUUGGAUUCUUCGAACUUUCCUUCGGAUGAUCCAAAGUACUUAAUAUGAAUAAAAAGACUAAGUUAAAGUAAAAUAAAAAUCUUGCGAACGUGUAAAGUACUUUUAGAUAUAUCUUACACUUUCAGGUUGUAGAAUUGUAUAUCAUAUUGCAUCGUGCAUUAAUUUGUCUUUACAAAUCCUUUACGUUUUUAAGAAUAUAAAUAUUUUAAAGAUUACAAAAUUAUUCUUUCACUUAUAAUUUGCAAUAUCGCGCAAUCUGCAUUUUCAUGUUGGUUUAUCGCUCUCGUGGAUUAAAUACAACGUCAAUUUAUUGCAUCGCUAUUUAAAGAUCUAUAAUCAACCGAUAUACGCAUCCUUAUAGAAAGCUAAUCAACGUCAGCUAAAAAAGCCUGGCGAAGCAAGCGCGAAUCGAGGGAGACUUGCACAGCGAAUACGGCGGGGCUGAAAAAGGAAAAAAAAAUGAAGAAAACGAGCGACGACGAAGAUCGAUAGUCGCGUGGAUUUAAUUGCGAAUUACGCGGUAAUGAUUACCGAUCGCCCUUUCCUUGUUUCGCAGCAAUAAUAAUUAAUGGCCGAUCGGCUCGUUGGACGCCCCUGCCCCGCUAUCAGCGAGUCCACAUCGUUGUUAGACUUAGACAACAUCUACCUGAUGAUGAAGCAAUAUAUCGAUGCGAUUUAUAAGACGAAAGAAGAACUGAGUGAAAAAUAAAGAAUGAAAGAGUGAGAGAGAGAGAGAGAGAGAAGAGUGAAAGAGUACCGAAUGAGUGAAAGAGAAACGUGUGUGGAAUAAGAAAAGGAGCAAGCCGAAAAGAAGCGAUGUUAGGUGUAGUCCAUUGUACCGUAUUACGCGUCUUCUAGCUAAAUUUUUAUGUUUUUUAAUUCGUUGUGAACGAAUGUUUUUUGGUAUAAAUAUAUAUAUAAAUAAAUAAAUCUAUAUAUUAUAUAUUUAAAUUCUAGACUACGAAUUCUAUAAGUGAGAAAUCAAUCAACGAGCUGCGUGUGGCGGCUGCUGUAAUAUUAUAUCUCGUUGUGAAAAAACUCACGAGCGACCGACGACGACGACGACGACGACGUGUCGUCCUGUAUGAGGGUGACAAUCGAGAUCCACGAAAACGCGAGAUAUGUUUCUGCUUAAAUGCAUAUCCCGGUCGCGCAUUUAACGCUAAGGAAUGCGACCCGAAUUAUUAUGUUACGUUCGAUGCGGGAGGCAGGCGCGAAAAAUAUUGUACAACAGCUGGCGAGCCCCCGAUACGGCACCGCAUUCCAGCGAUAACCGCGCGAUCUCGCAAUCACGACGAGUCUUACGCGUCUCUCGCGGAGAAGUGAAUUCCGAGAAAGAUGAAACGAAAAAGAAAAGAAAAAAAAAUUUCGGCGAUCAAGUCCGAGAUCGCCGGAUCGCAAUACUUUAAUUAGAUUGCCGUUGCCGAUCGUUGCAUCGAAGCCAUCCAGCCGCGGCGUGCCGCGAUUUACCGCGCGCGCGUAUACAAAAACUUUUACGAUUAACUCUGUAAUUUACUAGCCCUUUCGAGAGGAGCACACUGCCGCUACGGGACAGAUUCAAGGGUGGAGCGAAGAGAGGCUCGAGCGAGAUCUCGAUCACGCAGGCCGCGUAUACAGAUCAUGUAUACAGUUAUAUUCGCCGUUUACGUAUAUGACGAAUGCCAUACACAAGUACCUCAUGAUACAAAACACAUGUACAAAUGUUCAUACGUUUUCAGAAUUAAUAUUAGCUAAUUAAUAAAUAAUGAAUAUCCAAAA